AUGUGCUGGCAUUUCAUUUGAGGAAAAGGCCUGAAGUUAAAGGGAUCAGUUAAAGAGGAAAUAAAACAUAGGCCGUUCCAUCCAGGAAGUUGUGGCUUUCGGCCAGGAAAGGACCAGUUGAUGUGAAAUUCUACAAUGCAACUGACAGCUGACCCCUUAGAAAGAUCGCUGGAGAUGAGAGAGGCAUCACUGCGAGAUUAGGUGAUGUUGGAGUUGCACGUAGCUGGCCGUCAGUUUUCCUGGUAGUCGGAAGGAAACCACGGUCAUAUAUGCCCACAUCACGCUACCUUGGAUCUAUCACAGCUGGUGUGGGAUCAGUUUACAAGGUUUAAUAGUGUUGUUUCUGUAAUAGCCCUUUGCACUUUUGCUUUGGUGUGCCGGCAGAAGUAAUCAAUCAACAUGAAUCUCUUUGAGAUUCGGUCUCCGUACCUACAGAUUCGCUUCAUGUAGAUGGCUCGACUGGUGUAUGGCACUGUUUGGACGUCGGUACUAUCGCACUGCGAAUCUACUCAUCUGGAGCUUUGGGACCGUUGAAAUAUUCUCAAAGAGUUAAAAGUGCUGGCAUUGGAAAUAACUAUGUGACUAGCUGAUCUGAUGAGUGAAGCAGGUUUACACAUUGACACCGCCAGAAAAUGAGGAAAGUUCAUUUUUGUCUUCAGCAAAUCUGUCGGAUUUAACCUUUGGCAAACUGUUUGAAUGAAAUUUGUCAUUUUUCUCUGGUUUUCGGUCCUGCAUGAAAAAGCUCCACUGGUAACUAUGGAAUUGACAGAAAGUCUGUGGACGAUAAGCUCUGUGAAUGCAUCCACUGAGAAAGUCACUGAGAACGGAGCCUCACAUACACCAUUUGCUGUUUUUGUCACCAUUUUGGCAACGCUGGCAAUUGCAACAAACUUCUUGCUAAAUCCGCUGAUGCUCUUCACGCUGCGACGUGUCACUAGCAUCCAGCCCACCACCAAAAUAUUCAUGACCUCUCUCACACUUUCUGACUUUUGCAAUGGAGUGUUCUGGGUCUUCAAAUUGACGGAAUUGUAUGCCGGCAAGUGGGUGCUAGGCGACUUCCUCUGCGCGGUCUCUGGCGUGACGGUCAAUGCAUUCCACACCCUGGGCAUCUUUUCCCUGCUGCUUCUGACCGUAGACCGCUACAUCGCCAUUUCCUGGUCGCUGCGUUACACACAACUGAUGACCGUACGCAAGGCGAGGGUCACCGUCUCUGCGACCUGGGCCACAGCGUUCAUACUCUGCCUUUUGUUGUUUGGACUUUACGAUCACAAAGUUGUGUCGAGUGAGAGCCCCCACUUUUGCAUCCGUAAAACGUAUAAGGACUGGCGAGUCUACAUUGCCAUUCUCUUGAUUUCUAUCUCCCUCGUAACUAUAUUUAUCAUCUACGCCCAUGUCCUGGUCAUUGCCCGACGCCACAGCAAGCAAAUUGCAGCCGAGGUGAGCAGCAAUCAGCAUGGCCGACGCAUGCUGCAUAUGGUCAACGUCAGAUCAAUCACCACCAUUGCCAUCAUAACCGGCACCCUGAUAAUCACUUGGGUGCCCUGUACAAUAAUGCUGUCGAUACUGGCCUCGCAAGAAACCAUGGAGUACAAUGACAGUUUUUACGCAGUCGUCUUGUCAAAUGUGCUGCUCAUGUCGAACAGUUGGCUUAAUGUCAUCAUUUACUAUCUAAGGAACAGGGAUCUGCAACAGACACUUUGCAGCUUGCUGUCAAAUUUGUGCUACUCUUCAAAAAGCUGACAUCCUGGCUGUACUAUUUUGCAGAAAGUAUCAAUGUAAUUUGGAAUAUUUAAAUGAAACUUUCGAGUUUCCUCUCUUUGCCGGGGAAAGAAGUGUAAUAUAAAUAUCUUCAAAAAUACUAACCUUCUUGAGGCAUUUCUUUUGGGUAGAUAAAGGGUACGCAAUCUUAACUCACUUAAUUACAAAAAAUUGUAAAUUGUUUUAAAAAAUUCCUUGCCAUUUGAAAAAGAAAGAUGGUUCCCCAAAUUGAAGUCUAGCCUUGGGGUGUUUCUGAAAUGCAUGGAUUCAGCUUAAGACUUCAGUUUCGCUGGUUCCAGUCAGAGCUUGAACAUGUGGUUUCAAAUGCUCCUUCAAAAUGGUUGGAACCAGCGAAACUGAAGUAUAAGCCGAAUCCAAAUGUUUCAAAAAUGCCCUUGGAGUCUGCUUGAUGGG